GUUUGAUCAUUUUGUUUCUAAGUUUAGUCAACACGAAUUGCGCAACGCAAUGUUUACUAUAAUUUAGCAUGUAUAUUGUACUCAGUACGCUGCCUUUUCUUCCUCUGUAAUAUACCCAUGGUAUAAACUCAGUGAUGUUCAACCCAAGCGUAACAACACAACAGCCAUUGUCACUUGGCCAGAUAUAUGGUGAUGUCACAUCGAGAGAACUCUUCAACAAUGGCACAGUGUCCGUGCGAAAUGCCACAGAAUCAGCAGAGGACAUGGAGUUUGUUGGAAAGUUGGUGGUCGAGGGGUUUGAACGGAAAUUUGUCCAUGCUACAAGUCGAGCGAGCUUACCCGCAAUGAGAACUUUGUAUUCGAACAAUAUGAAAGGGAGGCCUCCAUUGUUUUAUGAAAGAUACUUCAUUGCUGAAUGUAAUGGAGAAAAAGCUGGAGUCUGUGUCCUUCGUUACCAUGGGGAUUCGAAACUUUUCCCAGAGAGGGACGGGGACGUGCCGCCUUUGGGGUGUUGUGACCUGUGUGGACUAGUGCUUUUGGACCUUGGAACAUCCACUGAGGUUCCUGCUGGGAAAUGUUAUGUAGAUCAUAUUACUGUAGACUCGAGAUUUAGAGGUAAAGGCAUUGGGAAAAUUCUAUUAGACAUGGCUGAAAUCGACGCCAAGAAAAGAGGAUGUAAGGAAAUCUUCCUAGGUGUUGCUACAAACAACAGGGCCAAAAACUUGUAUGAAAGACAGGGAUAUGUUACCAAAGAGACAAUAUCACUUUGCUGUUGUGGAAUGUGGUGCUUGACCGGAGAAAGAGAAUUUGCAAGCAUGGAGAAGGUUCUAAUAUAAAUGGUUCGCUUGACUGGAGAUGGACAGAGAAUCCGAGCUCAGGAGAAGAAAUCUCAAUAUUAUAUAUAACUUACAUAUCAUAUGAUGUGCAUGCCUUAACCGGUAAUCAUAUUAUAAACAUUCUUUAGUUACCUUGUUCCUAAAACUGUUUUUCUGAUUUGUUAUAAUAUAAACAGUUCAAUGGAAUAAUGAACGUUUUCGUCUAAUGAAACUUGUUUUACCUUUCAAAUGCUACACAUGAAUUAUUUUGAUGGUGAUUUAUUAAACUUCACAAAACUCAAUAAAACUUUUCGAACAAACAUGCAUUUUUGCAUGUCCUUGGAUUGGCAUAAUAUUGGUUUUCAAAAUACCAUUGAGGGAGUUUCAAAAAUGUAGGAUGUUCUGUUGUAUACAUUUUAAUCUUUUUGCUGACUGUGAUAAUUAUUCAUAAUUAUCUUUUUUAAAAAGUGUAUCAUAUUUUAUUUGUGAUAAUAAAAUUUAACGUUGUAAUAUGUAUCAUAUUUUAUUUGUGAUAAUAAAAUAAAAGUUGUCUUUACAUUCUCUCGACCAACAGGCAA